AUGCCCUACAAAACCCCGACAAAGGCCAUACUCUCCGCAGAGCAACUGAAGGCGUUUGAGUCGACCUCAACGCACGCUGCGCUCAUAUCAUAUAUAGAGACACUCAACUCGGCUGUCGUAAACGUCAAGCUUACUAUGGACUGCUCCCAAUCUUCCGGAGUAGAAUUUGCGUUGAAGGCACUGGACCGAGUUGAAGAGAUCGCACGCGCCACCCCGCCCGUGGAUAACAAGGCGUCGCGUUUCGGCAAUCCUGCGUUCAAGACGUUCCACGAUCGAGUGCUAGAAGAAUCAGCGACCAUUCACGAGACGUUACCUGGCUUGCCGAAGGACGCGAUCCAGGAGGUGAAGGCGUACUUCGAAGAAUGCUGGGGUAGCCGGAGUAGAAUCGACUACGGGAGCGGGAUGGAAUUGAACUUUCUGUGUUGGAUGCUCUGCCUCGAACGUCUUGAGGUCUUCAAGGACACGGACUAUAUAGCAUUGGUGACGCGUGUAUUUUGGAGGUAUAUUCAAGUGAUGCGCUUUCUACAAUCAACGUACUGGCUGGAACCGGCUGGCUCGCAUGGUGUGUGGGGCCUAGACGACUAUCACUUUCUUCCAUUCCUCUUUGGUUCCGCCCAACUUCGAGGACAUAAGUACCUACGACCGAAGUCCAUACAUGAUGCGGAGAUCGUAGACGAGUUCGCCAAGGACUACAUGUACUUCGCCUGCAUCAAGUUUAUCAACUCGGUGAAAACGGCCUCAUUACGUUGGCACUCUCCCAUGCUGGAUGACAUUUCCGCCGUCAAAACCUGGGACAAAGUUAACGAGGGCAUGAUCAAGAUGUACCGCGCAGAAGUGCUGGGUAAACUGCCAGUCAUGCAGCACUUCCUUUUCGGGACUGUACUACCCUACGAGGGCCCACCUCCGCCUUCCACGGACGUGGAUCCCAGCGAUCCUCAUUACGGCCACGCUCAUGCACACGGCGAAGCUACUUCGACGUGGGGCGACUGCUGCGGUAUUCCGGUCCCGUCUGCAUUCGCUGCAGCACAGGCGGAGAAGGGUCGCAAUAGUGCGGCUGGGCUCGUUGCGGGACCGGGCAUCCGUCCAGUCCCAUUCGACUAA